AUCAAAACCUCUCAAAACAAAUUGUGUGUAAUGCAGCUGGCGUGUUUAUAGAUUAGUUUUAGGUUGCAGAUUACUAAAUAAUUGUAAUUAAAAAAGAAAUGCUUGCAUUUUAGUGACACGAAUUGUACAAAUUAAGUUUACCAUGAAGUAUAAUUAUAAGUUUCAAAAUUUACUGGGUACAGUAUACCGGAGAGGAGAUAUAUUAUUUACAAACGAUGGGAAUUGUGUAUUUAGCCCUGUUGGAAAUAAAAUUACAUUAUACAAUCUGAAACAAAAUAAAAGCAACACUUUGCCUGUGGAGAGUCAUUUCAACUAUACAGCAAUUGAUGUGUCACCAAAUGGAUCUGUACUCCUUGCAAUUAAUGAAAAGGGAGAAGCCCAGAUGAUUAGUCUUUUGACAUGCACAGUUAUACACAGGUAUAAGUUUAAGGAACAAGUCAAUGCAGUGAAGUUCAGUCCUGAUGGUAAACUGUUUGCUGCCUGCUGUGAUGAUACAGUAUUCAUAAUGACCGCGCCAUGUACUUUCACUGGAGAGUUCAGAUCCUUUAUAAUGAAGCGAGUUUUCAAAAAGGCACAUGACCAAGUCACAUGCUUGGACUGGUCAAGUUGUGGCAAGUUACUUGCCGCCGGAUCUAAAGACACCACAACCAAAAUAUACACAUCUGAAUAUAUGGACAACUUGAAUAUGUGCUCUUUGAGUGGACAUACAGACAAAAUUGUUGGGGUUUUCUUUGAAAAGAAGAGUUUGGACCUUAUUACUGUUAGUCGUAACGGUCAAGUUUGCUUGUGGGAAGCUAGCAUAGAUGCAGAUGAUUUGGUGAAGUCAGAGGUUCAGAUAUCCCACAAAAAAAGAAGGAAACUGCAAAAGGAGGCAGAAUUGGAAGAUGAUGAAGUGGACGAGGAGAAUAUUGUUGAGAAAGAUAAAGAAUAUGAAAGUGACCAAGACGUGAACAUGGAGAGUGAGAUUGAGAAGAAGCAAGUGAAAGUGGAAGACGACAAGAGACUGCGCUACAAGAAGCUGGGCCGGCAUUACAUCGGCGAUGCGAUACGCAACGCCAGCCACAAGUGUCGCGUGUCUGCGGCGGCCUACCACAAAGGCACCAAGAUAUUGGUCACUGGUUUUACCACCGGCAUAUUCUUCCUGCAUGAGAUGCCCGAUGUGAACCUGGUCCAUACGCUCAGCAUAUCGGAGCACCGCAUCAGCAGCAUCGCGCUGUCGGCGCAGGGCGACUGGAUCGCCUUCGGGUGCCCCAACAUCGGCCAGCUGCUGGUGUGGGAGUGGCAGAGUGAACAAUACGUAAUGAAGCAACAAGGCCACUCGUUAGACAUGACCUGCCUCGCGUACUCGCCCGACGGCCUCUACAUAGUGACGGGCGGGUACGACGGUAAAGUGAAGGUCUGGAACACCACCUCAGGGUUCUGCUUUGUGACUUUCAACGAGCACAAGUCUACCGUCACCAGUAUUGUCUUCAGCGCGAACAAGAAGUUCUUCGUGUCCUCGUCGCUGGACGGGACAGUUAGAUGCUAUGAUCUUACGAGGUACCGCAACUUCCGCACGCUGACGUCGCCGAGCCUGGUGCAGUUUGCGUGCGCGGCCGUGGACUCCAGCGGCGAGCUGUGCGCCGCGGGCGGACACGAUGUCUUCGAGAUAUUCGUGUGGUCCAUCAAAUUCGGCAAGCUGCUGGAGGUACUAGGGGGCCAUGAAGCCCCGGUAGCUAGUCUGGCGUUCAGCCCGACCCUGUCCAGCUCGCGGCUCGCCUCGGCCUCCUGGGACAAGACAGUGAAGCUGUGGAACUGUGUGGAGACCAGCUCCGACUGCGAGACCAUACAGCUGACGGCCGACGCGCUGCAGGUCGCCUUCAGACCUGAUGGCGAAGAGAUCGCAGUGUCUACUCUGGAUGGUAACAUAUCAUUUUUUAAUGUAACAACAUCGGACCAGACGGGCAGCAUCGAAGGCAGGAGUGACUUGGGCUCAGGCAGAGCUGACACUGACUUGAUCACGCCUCAGAAAAUGCUCAAAACCAAAGCGUUUACGACGAUAUGCUACUCGUCGGACGGGUCGUCCAUACUGGGCGCGGGCAACUCGAAGCACGUCUGUCUGUACAGCAUCAGGGAGUCGGUGCUCGUCAAGAAGUUUGUCAUCACGCAGAACCGCUCUCUGGAUGCUGUGAACGACUUCAUAAACCGCCGCUUCCUCACAGAGUUCGGCAACAUGGCGCUGGUGGAGAACAGAGACGCGUUAGAAGGAGGGGACGUCAACAUCAGACUGCCGGGGGUGAAGGCUGGUGACAUGGCCGACAGGAAGGUCAAGCCUGAGGUCCGCGUGCAUUGUGUCAGGUUUUCACCGACGGGGGAGAGCUUCGCGGUGGCUGCGACGGAAGGACUGAUGCUCUACAGCCAGAACGCUGGCUUGGAUGGCACAUUCAGGCCGUACCGUUUGGAGAGCGGGUCGACACCGCUAGCGGUGAAACAACUGCUAGAGCAGAGGUCGUGGGGCGCCGCGCUGGUGGGCGCGCUGCAACUGAACGAGCAUGACGUCAUACAGCAGUGCGUGGAGGCCGUGCCGCCGACAGACAUUGAAUUAACAGUGGCAAGCCUUGAAGAGGAUUACACGCACCGUCUUCUGAACACAAUAGCGCGUCUUCUAGAAGACAGCAGACAUUUGGAACAUCUUCUGCUGUGGGUCAAGAGUAUUGUGACGGCGAAGAAGAAGUUCCCACAACCUGUGCUGUUGGCUUUGGAGAAAGUUCUCACCGUCAAGUAUUCGCAGUUGAGCAAAAUAUGCGACUUCAACAAGUACACGAUCCGCUGUAUCAAGUCAGUAGGCGAGCUGACGCCGAAGCAAGAAGACGAGCACAUGGACUCGGACCACUCCAGUGGCCGGGGCACCUUCUCGGACUCCGACUCCGAUUAGAAAAAUAAAGAUUUGUAUCUAAA